CCAUUUACCAAAAUCUAUUUCGUCCAACAUCGCCCUAUUAUAUGGAAAAUUUGUCCAUGCUAUAAUCAUGACAGAUUCGGUGCUAUCGGUCUCGGCUCAGGGCGCAAGUUUCCUGAUACUUUUACAGGUUGGUUCGCGCCUAUUGACUUUUGCUGCAAAUCAGGUACUUCUACGGUUCCUCUCACCGGAGCUGCUUGGUGUUUCUGCACAGCUGGAACUUUUUUCGAUCACCGUUCUGGUAUUCGCAAGAGAAUCCAUUCGAGUAGCGUUGCAGAGGCAAACCAGAGGUACGCAAUCCGUGGUCAAUCUAGCUUACCUCGCCAUCCUCAUAGGCUGGCCAUUGGCAUUCAUUCUACUACGUUUCUACCCCCAAAGCGCAGAUGCUGCGGUUCCAUAUUUCCGCGAAUCACUGGAGAUCUAUGGUUUGGCUACCAUGGUAGAACUAUGUUCAGAGCCUGGCUUUGCUGUCGCACAGCAACAACUGCUAUAUAGGGUUCGUGCAUCUGCGGAGACCGUAGCUACAGUUAUGAGGUGCGCAAUGACUUGUGGGAUUGUCAUAUACGGAGGAAGAUCUGGAAUCUACCUGGGCGCCCUACCCUUUGCUGUGGGUCAAAUGAGUUAUGCUGUGUCUUUACUUGCAGCAUAUACCAUUCAAUUAUACCCGGUUCAGAGCAGACAUGGAGAUUAUCUGCUUCCCAAACGCUUGCCGCCAGGUGAGUCUGAGAAUGCAAUCCUAGGCAUCCUUCCCUUGCCACUCAUCAGGUUGAGCUUCAGCCUUUAUCUGCAGUCUGCUUUCAGAUAUGUUCUGACCCAAGGUGACUCAAUUCUGAUCUCGUCGAUGGCAUCGCUACAAGACCAGGGAGGUUAUGCCCUUGCAUCGAAUUAUGGAGGUUUAAUUGCUCGCAUGCUGUUUCAACCCAUCGAGGAAAGUAGCCGCACUCUGUUUGCCAGAUUAUGCUUCCCAAAUGCCAAGAAAGAAGAGUCUUCAACAUCAGACCUCGAGAAGGCCUCAAACAUCCUCAGUGCCAUUUUGAAACUAUACAACGUAAUGUCUCUCGUUGUUAUAUCGGUUGGCCCAACGUUGGCCCCUCUACUCCUACAAGUCAUCGCCGGAGACAGAUGGUCAGCGACCGGAGCCAGCGAGAUUCUCGCCCAUUAUUGUUACUACAUCCCUUUGAUGGCUAUUAAUGGUGUAUCCGAGGCUUUCGUCGCGGCAGUUGCUUCCAAUGCUGAACUGAACGCCCAGUCACUCACCAUGGGCGUCUUCUUUGCAGCAUAUGGCCUGUCAGCAUAUCUGUUCGUGGUGACCUUCGCUUAUGGGGCAAAGGGACUGGUAUACGCUAACUGCGUGAAUAUGGCCUUGCGGAUAGUGUUCAACAUAUCCUUUGUCCGGGCUUACUUCUCAGGGCGAAACAUCGCCUUCACUAUUACUUCAACACUCCCAUCGGCUACCAGUAUCACCAGUACCAUUGCUGUGACGGCGAUUCUGAUGGCACCCUCGGUGGAUGUCUCAACGAAAGGACUCCUUGGCACUUUAGUCAGAGUCGGUGUAAUGGCUGUCGUACAUCUCGCCGCCAUAGCAAUGGGCGAGCGCGCAUAUUUGAUGCGUUGUUAUCGAAUGUUCAGACCAGAGUCCAAGGAAACGUACGUGGUAUCAAAGUCAUAAGUAAUACGAUCAGUACAGUAUAGGCCUGUCAAUCCAUGAUCAAUGCUCAACGCAGCCAUCCCAGAUGUUUACCAUUCAUUCCAAACAGUUUAUUUGAUAUUAGAUAUGCUUUCUAGCAAAGUAUAACAGACUCAAUCAAAAGUGAUCUUAGUGG